AUGAAUAUUGUGAAUCAAGUUAAUCAGCUCAGAAUCAAAGAAUUGAAUUGGAUCAGCUAUAAUUGUGUCAAGAGACACAACUGUUCUGUUAUUGUACUUGAUUCUAAUAUGGCAACAAUUUCAAACUGUGGCACAACGAAAAGAAAACCACGUUUGGAUUUUGAUGAUCAUUCUUAUAUUGUGGAUCGAUCAAAAGGCGAAAAAACCUAUUGGCGAUGCAUUAAAUACUCAUCAGAUCGCUCUCGUUCUCGUCUUCAUACGUGUAAUUUCACGACAGGUCGAUCAUUCCGGCGACUGGAUCCGUUGAAAUCUGAGUGGGUUCCGAUACAGCUCUUCUCGAUUCCGGCUGGAAUUGCACAGGAAAUAUCCGAUCAGUUCCUGACCGUUGCCAGCUCGAAGUUUGAAGGAAACAGUCGGGAAAUGACUGGAACCUACGUUUGA